GGGAACUGGCGCGCGGAGUGAGGUGCACACGGCGAACGGUCGCGCGGCUUGAUGAUGUCACAGGGCGUUCCUGCCCGGGCGGAAGCCCUGGGAACGCGUCUCAGGCGAGCGCGGGUCCCCGUGUUUCCCUGGCGGAGCCUUCUCUGCACUGAGCGGGAAUUGAGCCGCGGCCCUAGGAUGGGAAACAGUGCCCUCCGUGCUCAUGUGGAAACAGCGCAGAAAACUGGGGUCUUUCAGCUUAAAGACCGUGGUCUGACCGAGUUCCCCUCAGAGUUGCAGAAGCUGACAAGCAACCUUAGGACCAUCGAUUUGUCCAACAACAAGAUCGACAGCCUACCGCCUCUACUAAUAGGAAAGUUCACCCUGCUGAAGAGCCUCUCUCUCAACAACAACAAACUGACUGUUCUACCCGAUGAAUUAUGCAAUCUGAAAAAACUAGAGACACUAAGUCUAAACAAUAAUCACCUGAGAGAGCUUCCGUCUACCUUUGGGCAGCUCUCGGCCCUGAAGACACUCAGCCUGUCUGGGAACCAGCUGGGAUCAUUACCGCCCCAACUCUGUAGCCUCCGGCAUCUGGAUGUAGUAGAUCUCUCUAAAAACCAGAUUAGGAGCAUACUCGACUCGGUCGGCGAGCUGCAGGCCAUCGAACUCAACCUCAACCAGAACCAGCUUCUUGGUUAACAUCUGUCUGGAGAAGCACUCUGCUCUAGACAUGAGGCAGCGAUGGAGACAUUUGAGACGAGGUAGCCUUUAGUUUUUAGCCUCUAUGCCCCCAUAUGUGUACUGCUCAGUAUAUUAAUAACUACACAUGGUAUUGCUGUGCUAGAUUGUAGUUGAUAUAAUAUUUGGUCUUUGAGGUGGGUUUUGUCUUUUCCCUGAGAUUUUUAGGAAAAAAACUGUCAUUGGGUAAGCACCAAGUAUUAGUUGAUGACUUAUUCCACACCCCUUGUUGCUGGACCGUAGAUGACCUUGGGAGUGUUAAAUUCAAUAAGCAAGAGGUCUAAGAAUCUGUAUUUUCAGUAAGAUGACCAGGGCUAGACAACAACUGAAAGGUACAGCAAUUGUAUAGCUAGAGAUUAGCAGACAGAACUGUUGAUACAAGUGAAAUAGUUUUAAGAAUGACUUUUUUAGAAGAUUUAUUUAUAGCCAGGAGUGUUGGUGCACGCCUUUAAUCCUUGGGAGGCAGAGGCAGGUGGAUUGCUGUGAUUUUGAGGCCAGUCUGGUCUACAAAGCAAGUCCAAGACAGCCAAGGCUACACAGAGAGACCCUGUCUCGAAAAAAAUUAUUUAUUUAAUGUAUAUGGAUAUUUUUACAUUACAUCUACACAUCAGAAAAAUGGCAUCAGACAGUUGUGAGCUGCCAUGUGGUUGCUGGGAAUUGAACUCAGGACCUUUGGAAGAGUAGUGAGUGCUCAACCACUGAGCCAUCUCUCCAGCCCCUAAGAAUGAUUUUUUUUAAAGGUUGAGAAUGUUAACUAUGAAGCAUUAGGGGUUUAUUUCUGCUUGAAAAUAAUUCUUAAGAAAUAAAAAGGGGCUAGGUGGUGAUGGUGCGCACCUUUCAUCCCAG